ACAUGUAUCGAUUUACAAGGACAUUUAUUGUGUGCUUCCUCGCGGCGACAUUCGUAAUGGCUCAUCAUGUUCAGAGAGCCACCGUGUACUGGGAUGCUGUUCAGAGGUCUGUGGUGCUGAAAGAAGAUGCGAUGGAAGAGAAUGGGGAUGCCUUUGGUUAUUUCAAUGAUAGUUUGUCUGUUUCUGGAUGGGGAGUGCUGGAAGUGCAAGCUGGUUAUGGAGAAUCCCAGGAGAAUGAUGAAGUCACAUACUUUUUGGCCGGAUACCUUGAAGGAUACCUUACAGCUUCGCAAAUGAUAAACCAUUACUUUAAUAUGUAUCCUCAGAUAAUAAAGGAUCGAAGUGUUAUGAAACCUCUGAAAUGCUUUAUGAGUGAGCAGGACUCGUGGACAAGAGCACAAGUGAAAUUAAAUAGCAAGAGUGAUCCCUUGUGGCAUCAUGUUGGUCUUCUGGUGGCUCAGAUAGAUGGACUGCAUGCUGGAGCAGAAUAUUGGGCCGAAAGUAGACAGGAGAAGCCACUGUCCAUGUUUGCGGUUCAGCUCCUCAAUGGUAUCGGGGAUUUGCUAGACUUAAUCCCUGUUCUGAAAAAGCAUUCCAACUCUUCUCGGGACUCCUUCAGAAUGCCAGGCAUGAGUCACUGUUCUGCUCUCAUCAAGAUGUUACCUGGAUAUGAAAAUCUGUUGCUUGGUCACUCCAGCUGGUACACAUACGCAGCCAGCAUGAGAAUCUACAAGCACUGGAACUUGAAACAUAAAUGUAAUGGCAUUAGAAGACUGUCAUUUAGCAGCUAUCCAGGGACCUUGUCAUCUCUGGAUGACUUUUAUUUGUUGGGAACAGGGUUUUUUGUGACUCAGACCACAAACAACGUGUUCAACACGUCUCUGUUCUCAUUGGUGACCCCAAAGGCUUUGUUGGCCUGGCAGAGGGUGCGUGCGGCACAUGCACUGGCCUACACUGGGAAACAAUGGGCACAGAUAUUUUCCAAGCACAACUCAGGGACUUACAAUAGCCAAUAUAUGGUGGUGGACCUGAAAAGAAUUUCACUUGGACGGCAGAUUGAGGACUGGAGUCUGACUGUUGUAGAGCAGAUCCCUGGUCUGGUGGUGUAUUCGGAUCAGUCUCAAGCACUGCGUCAGGGUUACUGGGCAUCCUACAACAUUCCUUUCCACUCAGACAUUUACCAAGUGAGUGGUUAUGGUGUGAUGUGGAAAAAGCAUGGCCAAGACUUCUCAUAUGACCUUUCACCACGUGCAAAGAUUUUUCGCAGGGACCAGGGAAAAGUCACUAAUGUGGAGACCUUGAAAUAUAUCAUGAGGUACAACGAUUACAGAAAAGACCCAUAUUCAAAGAAGCAUCCUUGUAAAUCCAUCUGUUGCCGUAAUGAUCUGAGACUCCGACGACCUCAUCCAGAAGGCUGUUAUGAUACUAAGGUUGCAGAUUAUCGCAUGGCCCAGAUGUUUACAGCCGAAGCUGUGAAUGGACCCACUAGUCAAAAUGGACUUCCACUUUUCUCUUGGAGUCGUUUCAAUCGGACCGCUCAUCAGGGGCUUCCUCAGACCUACAACUUUACGUUCAUCACCAUGCAGCCUCUACUCUUUGCUUUCAGAGAUCAAGCCAAGACUGAGAGGUGUCUGGUACAGUGUAUGAACAGCAGUGUAGAGGAUACCAAUGCAUCAGAUAUUUACAAACAAAUUCACAAAGUCAUUGGGUACAUUUUUACCCCAUGAUACUUGUUUUGAGAUUGAACUCAGUGUAUGGUAAGGCUACAUAAGGGCACAUUCAGAUUAACUGCUGGUUUUCCAAGCAUUUAGAUGAGA